AUAAAGGCCAUCAUGAUGGGUAUUUUUAAGAUUUUUAGUGCUGAUUCAACAUUAAACGAUCAAACUCAAAUGCCGUAUAUACAACCAUAUUCACCAGAAACAACUUCCGAAUCAACUUCCACGUCAAUAACAAGUAUAUCGGAUCAAAUUUCAUUAGGAUCUACAAAUUCGACACCUGCAAUUGGAAUUGAUUUGGGUACAACAUACUCUUGUGUUGGAGUAUGGCAACAAGGAAAAGUGGAAAUUAUUGCAAACGAUCAAGGAAAUCGAACAACACCAUCGUAUGUGGCCUUCAGUGACACAGAACGAUUAAUUGGGGAUGCAGCAAAAAAUCAAGUUGCAAUGAAUCCACAAAAUACUGUCUUUGAUGCAAAACGUUUAAUCGGUCGAAAAUUUGAUGAUCCAAAAAUACAAGCGGAUAUGAAACAUUGGCCUUUCAAAGUUAUCAAUGAUUGUAGUAAACCUAAAAUUCAAGUAGAAUUCAAAGGGGAACAGAAACGAUUUGCACCUGAAGAAAUUAGUUCAAUGGUCUUAACAAAAAUGAAACAAACAGCAGAAGCUUAUUUAGGUCAAGAAGUCCGCGACGCUGUUAUCACUGUGCCAGCUUACUUUAAUGAUUCUCAACGUCAAGCUACCAAAGAUGCUGGAGCAAUUGCUGGGUUGAAUGUACUCCGAAUAAUAAAUGAACCGACAGCAGCAGCAUUAGCCUACGGUUUGGAUAAGAACUUGAAGGGUGAACGAAAUGUGCUAAUAUUUGAUUUAGGCGGUGGCACCUUCGAUGUAUCAAUUUUAACAAUCGACGAGGGUUCAUUAUUUGAAGUACGAUCUACCGCUGGCGACACACAUUUAGGCGGAGAAGAUUUUGACAAUCGUCUGGUGAAUCAUCUGGCUGAAGAAUUUAAACGGAAAUUUAGAAAGGAUUUACGUAGUAAUCCACGAGCACUACGGCGUUUACGAACAGCAGCUGAACGAGCAAAACGAACACUGUCUUCAAGUACGGAAGCAACAAUAGAAAUUGAUGCCUUAUUUGAAGGUAUUGAUUUCUACACGAAAAUAUCAAGAGCUCGUUUCGAAGAACUUUGUUCUGACUUGUUCCGUGGCACCUUGCAACCAGUUGAAAAAGCUUUAGCUGAUGCCAAACUAGACAAAGGAGCAAUACACGAUGUUGUCUUGGUUGGUGGAUCAACACGCAUUCCCAAAAUACAAUCGUUACUACAAAACUAUUUCUGUGGUAAACCAUUAAACUUGUCAAUUAAUCCAGACGAAGCUGUAGCCUACGGUGCAGCUGUUCAAGCAGCAAUUUUAAGUGGAGCGUCAGACACGAAGAUUCAAGAUGUGCUGUUAGUUGACGUGACACCAUUAUCUUUAGGAAUAGAAACUGCUGGUGGCGUAAUGACUAAAAUAAUUGAACGGAAUGCACGAAUCCCUUGCAAACAAACACAAACAUUUACGACGUACUCAGAUAAUCAACCAGCUGUUACCAUUCAAGUGUUUGAAGGCGAACGUGCAAUGACCAAAGACAACAACUUACUAGGAACAUUUGAUUUAACUGGAAUACCACCAGCUCCACGAGGUGUUCCUAAAAUUGAAGUUACAUUUGAUUUGGACGCGAAUGGAAUUUUGAAUGUGUCUGCAAAAGAUAACAGCAGUGGUAAUUCAAAGAACAUCACAAUAAGAAAUGACAAAGGGCGUUUAUCACAGAAAGAUAUUGAUCGCAUGUUAGCUGAAGCUGAAAAAUACAAAGAAGAGGAUGAACGUCAACGUGAAGUGAUUGCAGCUAGAAAUCAAUUAGAAGGCUACAUAUUUAAUUUGAAAGCAGCUGUAGAAGAUGCUGGUGAUAAAUUAGAGGCAGGUGAUAAGGAGAAAGUCAAAUCAGAAUGUGAUUCUGCCUUACAGUGGUUAGAUAACAAUCGUUUGGCGGAUAAAUCAGAAAUUGAAUAUCGUUUGAAAGAGUUAACAAGAACAUGCAGUCCGAUUAUGACUAAAUUGCACGGAGGAGCAUCAUCACAACAAAUGCCUUCAGGACCAGGCGGUAGUUAUCCUAAUGCUGGUGCAAGCUGUGGUCAACAAUACCGUGGUGGUUUUGGAGGACAACAUCAAGGACCAACAAUUGAAGAAGUCGAUUAAAUUUGAUCUCUCUCUUAACCAGUAUUUUUAGUUUCUUCAAAGACUGUGAUAUUAUUUAAUUAAUUAACUUAUU